UUAUGGGCUGGCAAGCGGAACGCGACAAAGUGGUGAUCAACGUCGGCGGCGUUCGGCACGAGACGUACCGGAGCACCCUCCAAACGUUGCCCGGCACGCGCUUGGCCGGUUUGGCCGAACCGGGCGCCGCCGCCCGUUUUGACUACGACCCUUCGGCCGGCGAGUUCUUCUUCGACCGCCAUCCCGCCGUCUUCGCUUACGUCCUUAAUUAUUACCGCACGGGGAAACUACACUGCCCGGCCGACGUCUGCGGACCUCUUUUUGAGGAGGAAUUGGCUUUCUGGGGCAUCGACGAGACCGACGUCGAAGCCUGUUGUUGGAUGAAUUACCGGCAGCACCGCGACGCCGAGGAGGCUCUGGACAGCUUCGAGAGUCCCGAAGGUCCUGGACCACCUGAACCCGCUGAACCCAAGCGGUUGUGCCUGGAAGAAGGGAGGCCAGCGGGGUGGUGGAGGCGCUGGAGACCCAAGCUCUGGGCGCUCUUUGAGGAUCCUUAUUCAUCCAGGAUGGCGAGGUACGUGGCCUUCGCCUCCCUCUUCUUCAUCCUCAUCUCCAUCACCACCUUCUGCCUGGAGACCCACGAAGCCUUCAACCGGGUGAUCAAUAAGACGGAGACGGUGCCAACGGCCAACGGGACGGGGGCGACGCAGGUGGCGGUGGAGGUGGAGACGGAGCCGUUCCUCACCUACGUGGAGGGCACCUGCGUCGUUUGGUUCACCUUCGAGUUCCUCAUGCGCGUCAGCUUUUGCCCGGACAAGAGGGACUUCGUCAAGAGCAGCUUGAACAUCAUCGACUUCGUGGCCAUCUUGCCCUUCUACCUCGAGGUGGGCUUGCGGGGCCUCUCCUCCAAGGCGGCCAAAGACGUUUUGGGUUUCUUGAGGGUCGUCCGCUUCGUCCGUAUCCUCCGUAUCUUCAAGCUGACGCGGCAUUUCGUCGGUUUGAGGGUGCUGGGUCACACCUUACGAGCCAGCACCAACGAGUUCCUCCUCCUCGUCAUCUUCUUGGCUUUGGGCGUCUUGAUCUUCGCCACCAUGAUCUACUACGCCGAGCGUAUCGGCGCCGACCCCGACGACGUGACCGGCAGUCGCCAUACUUACUUCAAGAACAUCCCCAUCGGCUUCUGGUGGGCGGUGGUGACCAUGACCACCUUGGGGUACGGCGACAUGUACCCCAUGACGUGGUCGGGGAUGCUGGUGGGUGCCCUCUGCGCCUUGGCCGGUGUCCUCACCAUCGCCAUGCCCGUCCCCGUCAUCGUCAACAACUUCGGCAUGUACUACUCCUUGGCCAUGGCCAAGCAGAAGCUCCCCAAGAAGAAGAACAAGCACAUCCCGAGGCCACCACAACCCGGAUCUCCUGGAUACGGACCCCCGGGUGUGGGGACCCCCAACCCGGCCACCUCCAGCCCCCCAAGACCCCCCCGGCGGGCGCCCGCAUGUCCCCUCGCCCAAGAGGAGGUGGUGGAGAUCAACAGGGCCGAAGGUCGCCCCAACGGAGACGCGGGGCGCGCGGCGCUGGCGCACGAGGACUGUCCCCCCAUCGAGCAGCCCGUGUCCCCCGAAGAACGAGCAGGAGGAGUCGGGGGGGGUACCCCACAAUCCCACCCCCCCCCACAUCCCCCCCAAACAUCCGCAGGAGGGGGCGGGGGGGGCCGCGAGCGCUGCGGACGGGACAGAGCCUGUUUCUUACUGGGCCCCGACUAUGCGCCCCCCCCCCGAGGGGCCCCUGCGGAAAGCGCUCGUCACCGCCUGAGACCCCCGACGGCGCCGCAGGUCAGCGGGGAGGGGGGCGGGGUCUGCCCCUUGACCACGCCCACAACCCCAAUUUGACCGCGCCCACAACCCCCAUUUGACCACGCCCUCCGCCAAUUGACAGCGCUCAGUCACGUCUUGGCCACGCCCACCGCCAGCCCUCGCCCUU